AUCAGCUGUGCGUUGAGCGAUCCUACCUACCGUAAACGUAAACGCAUAUAGUAUAUGUACCAUGCAGCAUUCAGUAUCGAUUAAUUUUUAGUGGUAAAGUAUCGUCCUAAGCAACUGCUGAAAACAAAAAUUGACGACAGAACGAACAUUUUUAUUAUUUGUGUUGAAUAUUAUAAUGGCCCAACUCGUAGAAAAUUCAUCAAAAUAAUAUUUCAUUAUAUCUACGUAUCCCACAUAAAGUUCGAAAGUGAAAUGUAAUUAACGAUUACUAAUAAAAUCACUCAUCACGAAGAUGUUCCUCUUAUGUUCAAACGCUGGAGUUGAAAUGUUUUUCCGAUAUUGUUAAAUAUCACCAUAACCCGAAGACGUAAUAUUCAUCAUGUUUACAACCAGCAGAGAACAAUGGAAUAUCUGCAUCAGUGACAUUAUUGAAAUGCCCCAGAUCGUGUGGCUUUCUCGAAAUAACUCAUUCACAUGAGAAGUAGUAUAUAUGAGUUAAAAUGUACAAAUCAUCCUUGUUGUGUCCCGAUUCGCUCUUUUACCUACAUAGAUGGGUUAGCUUAUAUGAAUAGAUGAGUAAGAAUAUAAAGUCAAUUGACAAAUUGACAUAUAAUAUCCAUGUCAGUGGGAAAACCGACAACUUGUAAAGAUGCUCUGCGUCGAUGGGAGGAAGAAAAUGGACAAGAAGCUUCUUCUGCCAUUGAAAUAGUUUUGAGCUUUCAGUGGCCACCAAUUGAGAAAAUGGACAACUCACUUUCAAGCCUAGUCAACUGUGAGAAACUGUCUUUAUCAACUAAUAUUAUCGAAAAAAUAUCUUGUUUGAGUGCACUGAAAAAUUUGAAAAUCCUAUCUCUGGGACGGAAUUUUAUUAAAGGCUUCACUGGUUUAGAGGCCCUCGGUGAAACAUUGGAAGAAUUGUGGAUUUCAUAUAAUUGUAUUGAAAAAAUGAAAGGCAUUCAGACCAUGAAGAAUCUUCGUGUUUUAUAUAUGUCAAAUAAUCAAGUACGAGAAUGGAAUGAAUUCAUGCGGCUUCAAGAAUUAACCAAUUUACGUGAAUUAUUAUUCGUAGGAAAUCCUCUUUGCGAAAGCUUCGAGACUGAGCCUUGGAGAGCAGAGAUUGCUCGGAGACUGCCAAAUUUGGAAAAGCUUGAAGGUGAACCCAUUAUCCACACAGAAGAUAAUUUCUCAACACAACAAAUUCAAUCAUCUGGGAAAUAUGACAUUCCUGCUAAAUCCAACGACGAUGUCAUGAUAUAAAUAGAUUCCAGAGAUUAAUAUUUAAUAUUCCCUUUCCGAUUUUAAUAAUUUAACAUAUUUUCAAACAAUCAACUUUCUACGGUUACAUCAUCUCACUAUUUUCUGCAGAAUCUACAUAUGGAGAGAUCUUUUUUUCCAUUAGAAUUUAUAUAUAAAAUUGAAAUAUCAUCUUAGUGUUUUCCUGAUUAUUUUUCAUCCCUCGGAUUAUACUCCAAUGUAUUUAAAAACUCAUGAAAACUUCAGUCUGAUCACCUUGCGUGUUGCACUCGUAUAUUGCAUUAGCUAUAAUUUGAGCGACAAAAAAAAAAAAUAGUCAUGACAGGAUUUUAUCAGUUGAAUAAUUCAUCACAAUUUAAAAUCCAAUGGAUGAAACCCUCAAAAUACUCUAUGUUAACAAUAGAAAAUAGUUUUAUUAUAUUAUUCAAUAAGUAAUAGCAGUAAAAUAUAUCAGAAUAUAUAUUAUGUAUACAAGUGAAGAGGUGUGAUUUUUCAUACAGCCUGUAUGUAUUUGCACUGCUCUGCUAACGCCACUCAAACGAAAAGCGAUGAAAGGUGCCGGGCGGCGACGCGGGUGGUUGAUGGGUGGACUACCGAUGUAGCGGCCAUACUCACGGGGUCAGGCAAAGCCCUCGACGACAGGAGUAUACGCUUUCCCCAUUCCCCAGUGUUUCCCAGUCGUUCGCGUAACAUAGCCAAGUGUAGUACAUUGACGAUCGAGCACUCGUGCAAAUGUGCGCGUACAAAAAAGCAUUAUUCUUUCUAGUAUAAUUAGUGUUUAAUAUUUUAUUGAGAAAUAUAAUUAUUCUGAUGAUAAUUGAAAAUAUUCAAUUUUUCGUCUCACUUUCGUAGAGGUAAUUUCGGAGUAAUUAACGAGUAAUUUCCGGAAUUGAGUAAUUUUUAGUAAUAAUAAUAAUAAUAAUAAUAAUAAUAAUAAUAAUAAUAAUUAGUAUAUAUGUGAAAGAGGAGCAAGUAUGUUUGGAAAUUAUGUGAUUUCUGUGAUGAUAUUAUUUUUUUUCUACUCCUCAAUUUGUCAUUGUAUUCGCAAUAUACAGAAUCCAUAAAUUUUUCCAUUUUCAUUUCGCUCUACAUAUGUAAAUUCUGUUGCUGUUUAUGAAAAUGUAAUAGAAUGCAUCAUUAUUUUCGUGUAAAAGCUUCUAUAAUCGAAAUAUACAUACAAAAUACUCAACUGUAGUUGCCUGCAGUUGGGUAUUUCAUCUGCUUACUCGGUUGAGCCAAAUUUAGAAUGACUUGGUUGUGACGAUGGAAGCAACAGGCCCGAGAAUUCUCCAAUCCAGUUUUCAUGGAAUUCUUAUAAUAAUUAAAAUUUUGACUUGUUUGUUUCAUACUUUACUCUAAAUUAUAUUAUAGAUACUAUUCUAUCACUAGACAGGAGAGAAAGAGAGACAGGUAAAAUAAAAUUAGUGGUGAAAUUGAGUAUAACGCACUUCAUCUCUAUUGUAUACUUUUUUAUUUAUUUUUUUCUAAUAACACAACCAUCGUUGUGAUGAAUGGAAAUGAAUACUUGAAUUUCACCAAGAAAACUUGUACUCUCUUAAUCUAAUUUUAAGAGAGAUAGACGAAAUUAAAGUGACUCGUAUAAUAAAUAAACAAAGUACAUACCAAUUGAAAUUUC